GGCUAAAUUUGUUUAGUAUAUAUAAAUAUAUAAGACAAAGCAUCGAAAAAUUCUUCAAAAAAAAAGUUUUCUUUUAUUCUCCAACUUGACGUCUCUUGACAAAGUUGAUUUAAAUUCGACAAUAUGUCACUUUUAUUCAACUAUAUUUGUUUCAAUUUAUUUUUUCUCUCCGUCAUUUCUUUGAAAAAAAUUCACUUUUAUCGUGACAGUAAAUUGCAAGAUAAUAAAAAAUCCGCUCCAACUAUUGUUUAUCCAGGCACAAAAUGGUGCGGAAACGGAAAUGUGGCUGAGAACUACAAUGACCUUGGAAAAUACGCAGAAACAGACGCAUGCUGUCGAGAUCACGAUCAUUGUAAAGAUAUUAUUCAUGCCAUGGAGACCAAAUACAAUCUCACCAAUAUGUGUAUUUAUGCAAGGGUACAUUGCUCCUGUGACGAGAAAUUUUACGAUUGUCUUGAACAAUCUGAGGACAAAAUUGGCAAUAAAAUAGGAAUUCUUUACUUCAACUUUUUGAAUACUAAAUGCUUCCGCAAAGAUUAUCCAAUACGAAGAUGUAAACGAUACACGAGAUUUCCAAGGAGAUGUGUCGAGUACGAGUUAGACGAAGAUGGAUCAAUGAUAUAUCAGUGGUUCGACGUGCCACCCUUCAAAUAAAUUGUCAUUUAUCAAGAUAAAUUUAUCUUUUCAAAAAAUCUCUCUCUUACUUACAACAAAAUUAUUGUCAAUGUUCCAUAAUCAGUACAUUUUUAUCGGAAAAAAAUGAAAAUAUUUUACAAUAU